GCCAUCCCGUAUAUAAAUAGCAGCAGGCAGUGGGGUACCCUCAUCGCUCGAACGUUAGCUCUCAGAUGAUCAGGAUGCCUGCGUCUCCAACUGGAUUUGGUCCCUACUUUGUGGAUAGAAACGUCUCCAUGCCUGCUGGAUAUCAGAUGCUGGGAUGUGCGCCUGGAUUGCAGCAGUCCCCUGCACACAUCUCUGCUGCCAUGGCAGGGAUGCCACUGCCUUUCUCAGGAAUACCGGGAUACACUUUUAUCCCAUUUCCACAUGCUGGACACAUGGCACACAUGGGUAGUUCCUAUGACCUCAAAGCUGCUUCAUCAUAUCACCAGGCUGUGCUGAGUCGUGGCGGCCCGUACUUUUCACCCUACAGACCAGUGAUGGCUGAUGAUUCAGGUCGGGUUGCCAAAGUGGCCAGUCGGGAAAGCACCAGUGCACUGAAGGCCUGGCUCAGCGAGCACCUGAAGAACCCCUACCCCACCAAAGGAGAGAAGAUCAUGCUGGCUAUAGUCACUAAAAUGAGCCUGACCCAGGUCUCCACCUGGUUCGCCAAUGCGCGCCGCCGCCUCAAGAAGGAGAACCGGGUGAGCUGGGCAUCUAAAUCCAAAAGCGACGAGGAGGAGGAAGCUGAAGAAAGCGAAGCAGAGGAUGAAGAGGGAUCCUCUCAGAAAGAUCAAUGCUCUGAUGAUGAAGUGGACACUGAUGCUCAGAUCGUGGAUGUUGAGGAGGAGAGCUCGUUGGAGUGCGCUGUGGAAAGUGCGUCCUCACCCACACCAGAACCACUGGACAUGCCAAAGCAGAGCAGUACCUCCGCAAACACCGAGUCUGGGUGCGAAUCGUCCAAUACGCAAUUUAAAGAGAGUGUGAAUGUGCAGAAACCGAAAAUCUGGUCACUAGCCGAGACAGCAACUUCAGAAUCUCCAAAAAAGAGCAACCAGCACAGUCAGGAUUUGGAAAAAUGCUGGGUAAGCUGGGCAUCAAGGAACAGCUGUUUUCCCUCUGCGCAUCACUUUCUUCCACAAAGUUCAUAAAACUGCUGAUGCACCGAACUCGAGGCUGAUGUUUGCACUUUUGGACUAAACAGAAAAGUUCAUAUAGAAUUUUAAUUCUUGGCGUGCUGAUGUGGACUCCACAGUCAGGACGUUUACCUACCUUUGUCUGGUUUAAAACCAAAGAAACUUGUUGUGUAAAUAAUUGUAAAUUCUAUUUUGUAAGCUAUGUAAAUUAUAAAUAAUUUUAC